CGGCGGUUGCCGGCCGUUCGGAGGGGAGGCGCCAUCUUGGGCCUGUAGGAGGCGGCUCGGCGGCAGCGGGAGGCGGCGGGUUGUAGCGGCGAGCGCUGUUCUGCUGAGGGCUUCGCCUCACCGCCAGCCCGCGGGGCCUCGGCGGGGAGGCGGAGCCGGCGGCCCGCCAUGGAGAGCGAGUACUACGGCGGGGAUCAGUCAGACGAUGGUGGAGCUACUCCAGUGCAAGAUGAACGAGAUUCAGGAUCUGAUGUUGAAGAUGAAGGAAAUGAACAGCAUUCUGGAUCGGAGAAUGGAAGUGUAGGGCACCAUUCAGAGAAUGAACACAGUGAUGGAGAAGAUGAUGGGCAAAUGGGAGAGUCUCAUAUGACAGACUCUGAAAAUGAAGAUAACCCAAGGCAAAAAGACAGUGACUCAGAUAAUGAGGAGCCUCCAAAUCACAAUGGAAGUGAUUCAGACAAUGAAGUAGCUCAUGGAGGGAAAGACAGUGAUUCUGAUGCUGAGGAUCAUCCAAAUCGGCAUUUAAGUGACUCUGAAAAUGAAGAUGCCUUAAAUCAUCGAGCAAGUGACUCUGAAAAUGGAGAACCCCCCAGAGAUCACAGUAGUGAUUUUGAAAAUGAGGAAUCACACAAGCAGCCGGCCAGUGACUCGGAGAGUGAGGAGCUCCAGAAGCCCCAGGCCAGUGACUCGGAGAGUGAGGAGCUCCAGAAGCCCCCGGCCAGUGACUCAGAGAGUGAGGAGCUCCGCAAACGGCCGGCCAGUGACUCAGAGAGUGAGGAUGUUUCCAGGCACAAACGAGAAAUAGAGUCUGAGGACAGUGAUGGGGAGGACAGGAAGGAGGAGGUGCAGAAUGAUUCUCAUCAUUCAGAUAACAAACGUGUCAGGGAAGGGUUCCAGGGCUCUGACAGUGAAGAGGACGCUCCUAAGAGACGAAAAAUAUCGGACAGUGAUGAAGAAGAGAAAGAGGAGGAGAAGACGGUGAAGAGGAAAGCAGCUAUCCUUUCUGACAGUGAGGAUGAGAGUGAGAAAACACCUGCAAAAAAAGUACGAAUCCUUUCUGAUGUCGAAGAAUCAGACAGUGAUGCUGCUUCAGAGAAGUCUGAGAAAAGGAAGAAAAAUAUUGUAUCAGAUAGUGAGGAAGAAGAAGAAGAAAGAAAAGAGAAUGCUGGGAAGAAAAAAGAAGAGAAAGAUCUGUUUGGCAGUGACAGUGAAUCUGGAAAUGAACAAGAGAACCUGAUUGCAGAUAUAUUUGGAGAAUCUGGUGAUGAGGAAGAAGAGGAAUUUACAGGUUUUAACCAGGAAGAUCUGGAGGAAGAGAAAGGUGAUGGAGACACAAAGGAGACGGCAGAUGAAUCGGACUCUGAUGAUAACAUCAAAAGAGGGAAGCACAUGGACUUCAUGUCAGAUUUUGACAUGAUGCUGCAACGAAAGAAGAGUAUGAGUGGCAAGCGUAGACGAAACCGCGAUGGUGGAACUUUUAUUAGUGAUGCAGAUGAUGUGGUCAGUGCUAUGAUUGUGAAGAUGAAUGAAGCUGCUGAGGAGGAUCGACAGCUGAAUACACAAAAGAAACCAGCACUAAAGAAAUUAACUUUGCUACCAACUGUAGUUAUGCAUCUUAAAAAGCAGGACCUCAAAGAAACUUUCAUCGAUAGUGGUGUUAUGUCUGCCAUCAAAGAGUGGCUUUCUCCUCUCCCAGACCGAAGUCUGCCAGCACUAAAGAUACGAGAGGAGCUGCUGAAGAUCCUGCAAGAGCUGCCCAGCGUGAGCCAAGAGACCCUGAAGCACAGUGGCAUUGGACGGGCUGUGAUGUACCUCUACAAACACCCCAAAGAGUCGAGACCCAACAAGGACAUGGCAGGGAAGCUAAUCAAUGAAUGGUCUCGACCCAUCUUUGGCCUUACCUCAAACUACAAAGGCAUGACAAGAGAAGAGAGGGAACAGAGGGAUUUGGAACAGAUGCCUCAGCGAAGGAGAUUGAGCAGCUCUGGUGGUCAGACUCCCCGCAGGGACCUGGAGAAGGUGUUAACUGGAGAGGAAAAGGCUCUUAGGCCCGGAGACCCCGGGUUCUGUGCCCGCGCGAGGGUGCCAAUGCCCUCCAACAAGGACUACGUGGUGAGGCCCAAGUGGAACGUGGAGAUGGAGUCCUCCAGGCCCGGGACUAUUAAGAGAGGUAUUAGUCGCUUGGAAAAACACAAGAGACGGUUUGCUGAACAGAAACGACUCAGCAAAGUGCAUCGGGCCAUCAAGUUCAGCAUUGAAGGCAACAGGAUGCCCCUGUAGCCAUGACACUCUGCCUUCCCCAAGUUUGAGAGGUAUCCCUCAAGGGAGGUGUGAACAGUGCAUGUGCUUCAGCUGUCGGCAGUUUGCACAUACAGGAAAGGAGUGUGCACACCCUAACUUAAACUUGGAAACUCUCCUUGUAUUCUCUCGUGUCUGUACUGUGACCUAAAAGGGAACUUGUACAGGAAAAAAAUAGGCUGUAGCACCUAACUUCUGCCACGAUACCUGCCUCGACAGCUUCAGGGUACCCAGAUGACAGGUAUUAAUUGAAAAUACCUGUACUCAAAAAUAGCUUUGUACCACCUGUGGGUUUGAAUGCUGUUGUGACUUAAUUGGGUUCUAUAGGUUUACCUGAACUGACACACAGGAGCUGUUAGCCCUUAAUAGAGGACCUCAUGUCUCUGUAUGCUCACAUCUCUGGCUGAUGUUUCACUGGUACAAAGUAAGGUUUUUUUCACACCCACUUUUUGGAGAAGUUGAGUGGUGUGAGACUUGACAGGAGGCAGAGAAUGAGCCCUCUGCAGAGCAGGGGGAGGAGAAUCCCUGGCUGUGAAUCCAGGGGGGAGGGAGGUUGAUCAAUGACAUCCAUCAACAUGGGAAGUGUUGUGACAGUUUCUGGUCUGCCUUUCAGUUCCGUGAGCAGGGAUUGCCACAAACCAAUAGUGAUAGGAAGAGGUUAGCACAAAUGGUAGAGAACUGUUGAGUUUAACCUUCGUAUUUAUUUGUUUUAAAAAAAAUAAUAUAUUUUUUACAAUCACUGUGAAAUUCCAGAUAUAAUUUCAAUGACUAGUGAAUAGUUUUAUGAAUGAAGUUUAUUUAAAAUCAGUGUGACAGGAGCACCUUCCUCAGUGACGGGAACAAGAGGUUCAGUUUCUGAUAGAUGGUUUUUUGUCAGAUAUUAAGUAGCAUGUUCUGGAUAAACUGUUUGUUUCUCCCAGACUUUAAAGGUGUGGAGUUUCCAUCCUUUAUUGUUUCUGUUCUCUGGUUAGGGGAAAUUGCUUUCUAGGAAGUAACGGCUAUGGAUUGGAAGGUCCUUGCUGUUUGUCUCGAGUGUUGUUUCUUUACAGAAUCACUGUAUUUUAUCUGUGCAAAAUAACUGCUGUGUCAUCUCAGUUUUCUUUAAUUUGCAGUUAAAAUACAGAGAUGAAAGUAGCUCCUCUAAUAAUUUGGAUGGUCAGCUUAGGCAUUUCUUUUGCUCCCUGCUACACCACUUUUUUUCCUCUUGCUUUAUAAGUACUAAUUAGUGACCUUGAAAAUAAAUAGUGGUUUGGCAUUGAUCUGUCAACAAAAUCCACCUCAAUUACUGUGCAUUUGUAUCUAAAACUCUUCCCCCUGCAGGAAGCCUGUAUUUAUGACACUGUAUUUUGACACUUCAGCCAAUAGAGACACAAAACUAUUCCAGACUGUACAUUCAGCUGGCACGUAAACAACUAACACCCUUACUAAUCCCUGUAAGGUGAAAGCUUUCCUGUGUGGUGGUUGUGAGCACGACCACCUCCAUGUAUGUGAUGCAUACGUUGGGGGAACCUUUUUAUCCACUUUGUGGGGAGAGAAUGCGUGCAUGUAGACACACACAGGUGCACACACACACACACACACAAAAACCAGCUGGAACCAGUGGCUUCAUCACCUCCCUCCUGCAGGUUUAACCUUGCAUGCGUUGCUUUUCUUGAACCUCUGGGACGUCUGCUUUUUUUCAGUGGUAAUUAUUAGUUUUAUUUUUUAAGUUCCAGGGGACCUCUAAGAAAGGGGUGAGUCGACUGGACAAACAGAUGCGGAAAUUCACAGAUAUCAGGAAAAAAAGCAGAUCGGCCCAUGCAGUGAAAAUCAGCAUUGAGGGCAAUAAGAUGCCAUUGUGACCCUUCACAGAAUACCCCAUGAUCUCUGCUGUAAGACAAUACACCCAUAGACUCUUUGGAGACCUUUAAAUUUUUUAACAACUUGUUUGGGGUUUUUUUUUUUUUUUUUAGUGAUUUUGAAAUUGUUGGUUCAGGUUCUGGUAUGAGAUGUUGUCCGAGGACUGUGAAUAUGGGGACUUCUUUCUCCUGAUUGUAUUUAAACUUGCUCUAUUGUGUCCUUUGUACAGAUCACUUAUUUGUUGUAUUGCAACACUUUAGACAAUAAAACAUCUUCUGUUUUUUGGG